AUGUCGGACACUGGACGUAGCCCUCGGCCUGCUGGUACCCAGCUAAGACAACGACGAGGCGGUGGAACAGCUACCGCCUCUUCUGGUCGCGCACGUGCCGGCAACAACGGAGGGCUCUGGCGUUUUUACACGGAAGAUUCGACUGGCUUGAAGAUUGGACCUGUGCCGGUUCUGGUGAUGAGCCUAGUUUUCAUCGCAUCAGUGUUCGUGCUUCACAUUUGGGGAAAGUUCACACGAAGCCGCGCCUGA